GACUCUGAGCCCGUUCUGCCGUUGAACGUUCACCUCAUAGUCUUCUGUGACUUUCUACUCUAGACUCAACUCUUGUAUUGGUACUCCUCACAACGUCUCAGAAUCUCUUGUCCGACACCUAACAUGGCUAGCGACCUUUACGAAACGCUUGGCUUGGUCAGAAAUGCUACCCCAGACCAGAUUCGCAAGGCUUACAGGAAGAAAGCCUUAGAAACCCAUCCUGACCGUUUGCCUCAAGGUGCUUCUCCAGCACAGAAAUCUGCGUCAGAGGAAAUGUUCCGCAAGGUCAAUAACGCUUACGAAGUCCUCAGCGACCCAGACAACCGUAAAACCUAUGACCAGUGUGGAGUAUGGCCUCCCCCAACUGCCCAGGAGAGCUACACUCAGGGCAACUGGCAACGUCCUACUAGAGAGCCCUUCCAAGAUCCAUUUUAUCAAGAUCCCUUUUCCCGACAUCCAUUUUUCGGUAACAGCCACCAAGCAGACCCAUUCGGUUUCUUCGUUGCUUCACGUCAUCCACACUUCCAUGACUUUACAGAUCCUUUUGUGCUCUUCAAUCGCAUUUUCGGAGAUCUCCACCAAGCCUUUUCGAGAGAUCCCUUCGGUGAUCCGUUCGGUCAUCGGGAUGAUGGCUUCUUUGGCCGGGGGUCCAUGUCUCCAAUGUCUAUGAACCACAUCACGAGCUCGCCGUUUGAAUUCCUCAACGCCGGCAACGUAAAUGUAUACAGCUCUUCUUCUCGCGGUAGACUCGGUGGUGGCUCGAACGGCUCGAGAUGGCUUUCUGAGAGUUACACGACUUCCACUGUGAACGGUGUUACCCACACCAAAGCUGUCCGUAGAGAUUCACAAGGUAACGAGCACGUCACCUACUCGUUCCCGGAUGGUACCGAGCGCCGCCUGAUCAAUGGGGUCGAGCAACCCUCAAACACUAACCAUCUCCCAUCUCAUCACAACAACCGUGCAAUCGCUGCGCCGCCGCCAAGUCAAGUACCCCCUUCGCCAUAUGAUGCUCAUGUUGUCCCACCGUCAGCUGCAGGAUCCACGCGCUCAUCACAGGGCCUUCAUUCGAGGUCCCGAGACUACGCAAGGCAACCCCAAGAUCCCAAUCCUACAUACGACUCUUACUCGAUGCAACCACAAGUGCCUUAUGCCUCGCAAUAUGCGGAUCCAAAUUCGUCUGGACACCGCCAGAAAUACAGGAGCCGCGGUGGCGCAGACGAGGCACGGGGUGGGGCUGCGUGGAACUUUUGGAAGUGAAUGAGGUUGUGAUCAAGAUGAUGAAUUUAUUUUGUACUCCAUACCUGGCCGUUCGCUCUAAUUUCUGAUGAUUCUGUAUACUCAUGCGGUGUAUUUGUUGUUUGUAUUUUUUUUCCUUCCGCUAGUGUUGUAUCCUUGUCCAUUGUACAUUUUACUUUCCAUUUUGUUACCUCCCUACGGAGAGCUCGCCCGUUUCCCAUUGAAGUAGCAGGGCUCCUGACAAUAGAAGAAUCAUCCU